AUGCGCCGUUGGCGACGAGCAAGGGCACCGCUGCGCCCCCCGGUGGGCGGAGGGCCUGGAAAGUCGGGGAAGGAGCCCACCACCACCCACGCCGGGCGGCUGGAGUGCGGCCUGCAGCCCCGCCCAGGCCUGUCCAGGUCCCUGGCCGUCCCAGGACCAGGACAUUCAGCCCCUGAUUCUGUGGUGACCUUGGUACCUGGCACCAUUCACAGGCACCUGUGUGCCCUCCCCAGCUUCUGCCUGCUGGGCCCCGACGUGGCCCUGGAGGUGUACAGAAAACAGGAGAACAAAAGCUUCUGGGCCAGCAGGAAGACCAAGAAGAAGGAAGGGGGGGGCCUUCGGGCCCAGAGAGCAUCAUCCAACGUCUUUUCCAACUUUGAGCAGACCCAGAUCCAGGAGUUCAAGGAGGCAUUCACACUGAUGGAUCAGAACCGAGAUGGCUUUAUUGACAAGGAGGAUCUGAAGGACACCUAUGCCUCCCUGGGCAAAACCAACGUCAAGGAUGAUGAGCUGGAUGCCAUGCUCAAGGAGGCCUCGGGGCCCAUCAACUUCACCAUGUUCCUGAAUAUGUUUGGGGCGAAGCUGACGGGUACGGAUGCCGAAGAGACCAUCCUAAAUGCCUUCAAGAUGCUGGAUCCUGAAGGCAAAGGCAGCAUCAACAAGGACUACAUCAAGCGGCUGUUGAUGUCUCAGGCAGACAAGAUGACCGCUGAAGAGGUUGACCAGAUGUUCCAGUUUGCCACCAUCGAUGCUGCAGGCAACCUGGACUACAAGGCACUGAGCUACGUGCUCACCCACGGGGAGGAGAAGGAGGAGUGAGGGGCACGGCCCCCGUCCCCACCUGGGCUGCAGCCAGUUCAAUAAACAUGAACCCACAAACCUGCCUGCCGGUGUCUGCAGAGGGAGAGGAGGACGUGUCACCU